GCGGGCAGCCCCCCGCGCCCCGGGCCGCGCUGCGAGCGCUGCCGGGCCCGGCCCCGCCGGCCGGCCCGCGGCGGGAUGGAGGUAACGGUGGGAGGGGGCGGCGGGGCCCCCUUGUGACAGCGCUUUCUGUCCCCAGCUCCCGGACUUUCCCACCUCCUCGAGUAAAUAAAUAAGAAACUUACAUCCCGCCGGCGUCGGCUGGAAGGAUCCGGAGGCCGUCCCCGGGCUGCCCACCUGGAGCGCAGGUGUGAGGAUGGGCCUGGCCAAGAUGCCCAGCAAGGCUGCCCUCGGGAGCGGCAGUGGGAGGCAGUGGAGCUGGCCUCGGCAGCGGGAGAGGCUGGACUUCCCGUGUCUCUGUGCUGAAUGGCUGCGAUGGCGCCCGCUCUCACUGACGCAGCAGCCGAAGCUCACCACAUCCGAUUCAAGCUGGCUCCCCCGUCCUCCACCUUGUCGCCUGGCAGUGCCGAGAGCAACGGCAACGCCAACAACAUCCUCCUGGCUGCCAACGGCACCAAAAGGAAAGCCAUUGCUCCGGAGGAUCCCAGUCUAGAUUUCCGAAACAACCCCACGAAGGAAGAGCUGGGCAAGCUGCAGCCGCUAGUGGCCUCUUAUCUCUGCUCGGAUGUAACAUCUGUCUCUUCAAAAGAGCCUCUGAAGCUGCAAGGAGUCUUCAACAAGCAGACAGUCCUUAAAUCUCACUCUCUCUUAUCUCAGUCCUUUUUGAAAACAAGUGAUCUGUUGGGGAGGCAACCAGUGUUGGAAUUCACUUUGGAGAAUCUAAAAACAAUGAGUACUAAUAGCCAGCCACCUCUCCCACAAGCGCCUGUGAAUGGCUUGGCCAAGAAAUUGGCCAAAAGUACCAAUUCAGACCAUGAAAACUCUAGUUCUCUGAAUGGUGGGAAGUGUGCUUCUCCUUCUGCUGCCCUCCAGACUGUUGACUAUAAUACAGGAGGUUCUGAACUGGGGGACUUGAAGACCGGGUUGACCAAUUGCACUCUUCCACAUAGAAGCCUUGAUGCAGAGCACGCAACUCCCUUUAGCAAUAAUAGCACUGCAAAUAAAUCCUCCCUUAACUCCGCAGAGCAGCAGUGGGUGCUCGAGGGCGGCAGUGGGGACACGCGCGUGCCCGGUGUCGCGAGCCGCUCCGACCUGGGGAGCAGUAAGCUGGAGGAGCAGAAACCUUCUGUGCUGGCUGGUCACCACAGCGCUCUGGACUCCGAGAUGAGGACGAGGGCCCUGCUGCGGCGCCAGGCAGACAUUGAGAGCCGAGCCCGGCGGCUGCAGAAGCGCUUGCAGGUGGUGCAGGCGAAGCAGGUGGAGAGACACAUCCAGCAGCAGUUGGGCGGCUUCUUGGAGAAAACGCUGAGCAAGCUUCCAGCCUUGGACCCCCUGAGGCAUCGGAGCCAGCUGAUGUUGACCAGAAAAGCAGAAGCAGCCUUGAGGAAAGCUGCGAGCGAGACAGUUACUUCAGAAGGCCUGAGCAACUUCCUGAAGAGUGAUUCAAUAUCGGAGGAACUGGAGAGAUUCACGGCCAGUGGCAUGGCCAACCUGAGAUCCAGCGAGCAGGCCUUUGACUCGGAUGUCACUGACAGCAGCUCGGGGGGAGAGUCGGACGUUGAAGAGGAGGAACUGACCAAAGCAGACCCAGAACAACCCCACGUACCACUGAGGCGGAGGGCAGAGUGGAGGUGGGCAGCAGACCGUGCCGCCAUCGUCAGCCGCUGGAACUGGCUCCAAGCCCACGUGUCGGACCUGGAGUACCGCAUCCGGCAGCAGACGGACAUCUACAAACAGAUCAGAGCCAACAAGGGGCUGAUAGUUCUUGGUGAAGCUUCGCCCCCUGACCCUGCAGUAGAUGAUUCAUCCCGUCCCGUUAGAGCUGAAGUUAAGCUGGAGCCUGGGGCCGAGCGGCUGAGUGUGUCUGGAUCCCAGCCCCUAGAAAGCUUGGGUAUUUCUGCUGCAAAUACUCCUGAAUCCCAUCCCACCAAGCCCUGUGGAGCACCAAGACCUGUCAAUGGAGUUAUUAACACUCUGCAGCCUGGCCUGGCAGAACACGCUCAGGGAGAUGGCCAGGAAGCUGAGGAGCUCCUCCACAAGAAGCAGCGCCUGUCCCUGGUCCCCGCGGACGGGACGUGCGUGGCCGCUCGCACCCGCCCCGUCCUCAGCUGCAAGAAGCGGCGGCUCGUCCGACCCAGCACCAUCAUGCCCCUUUCCAAAAAGGCCCACCGUGGCAGCCUGGCACGCUGCAGCUGUGAUGUGAACCCCUCCUGUGCCCUGUGUGGCACCCGCAGCUCCACCACGCUGGAGAUCCAGUACGAUGCCCCUCUGCUGGAGCGCCUCUCCCAGCUGGACUCCUGCAUCCAUCCUGUCCUGUCAUUCCCAGAUGAUGUGCCGACGAGCCUGCACUUCCAGAGCAUGUUGAAAUCCCAGUGGCAGAACAAGCCCUACGAGAAGACUAAAGCUCCCAAGAAGCUGUCGCUGAAGCACAGAGCCCCCGUGCCCCCCAGCCUGGCUGACCCCGCGCGCAAGGACCGCCACAAGCUGGUCAACUCCUUCUUCACCGCGGCCAAGCGCUCCCAUCAAAAAGCCCAAGCAGACAAGGCACACAGGCCGCCUUUAGACGAUUUUUCGGCCGUGUCCAAGGCCGAGAGAGCGCCAGAGCGCUCUGCCCAGCCUCCUGCCUUUGACAAAAAGCGAUUGCGAGACUGCUCAUCUGAGAGGAGUGAAGUGUUGAAGCAUCACACGGACGUCGGUGGCCCGAGCUACCUGUCAGCAGCUGUGACCCCCACCCCUCACAGCCCCAUAGCUCGGCAGCUCUCCACCUCCUCCGAGGGCUCCGCUCCCGCCAGCUCCGCUUCCCAGGGCGCCUCCGGCACCGCCCCGAGGAGGAGGAGGGGUGAGAGCUCCUUUGACAUAAACAACAUCGUCAUCCCCAUGUCUGUGGCUGCCACGACCCGCGUGGAGAAGCUGCAGUACAAGGAGAUCCUCACCCCCAGCUGGCGUGAAGUUGAUAUCAGUGCUCUGAAAGCCAACCCUGAGGAGGACAACGAGGAGGUUGAGGACUUGUCAGAUUCGGCCUUCGCUGCUCGGCACGGGAAGUGCGAGGAGAUGGAGCGGGCGCGGUGGCUCUGGAGCACGAGUGUCCCCCCGCAGCGCCGGGGCAGCAGGUCCUACAGAUCAACAGACGGACGGACGACCCCCCAGCUGGGGAACCCCUCGACUCCCCAGCCAGCAUCCCCUGAGGUGGGCAACUACCACUCCCACUUGGAGCUGUCCCACACCCACUCACCACGCAGCCCCAUCAGCCCCGAACUGCUCUGUGCCCCCCUGACCCCUCUGUCCCGGGACUCCCUGCGGCUCCUGUCCAGCGAGGACACGCGUUGCUCCACGCCCGAGGCCGGCCUGGACGAGCAGGCCGUGCAGCCCUGGGAGCGCCGCACCUUCCCGCUCUCCUACGACCCCCGGACGGAGUGCGAGGACCUGCCCGACGCCCAGGACCGGCUCUCGCGCUGCACCCGCCGCACAUCGGGCAGUAAAUCCUCCCGGGAAUGCGAUGGCACUUCGGCUUCGCCCAGCCUGCCCAGCCUCAAGAGCCGAACCCCGCUGGCCCCUCCCUCCUCCUCCUCUUCCUCUUCCUCUUCCUCCUCCUCCUCCUCCUCCUCCUCCUCCUCCUGCUCCGCAGUCCUGCGGCCAGCGCACAGAUAGAGACACACGGGGAGACAUGAGCAAACCAACACACAGAACUAACUCUUGGCAUUAAAGCUUCCAAAAUCUG